GUGGAAAAUCAAGACUACAGGCGCCCAGGAGCUACGGCCUGCACCAUCUCGGACAGAAUUUCUUAAUUUGAGAGGUCCCAGAAAUAACGCAGAAAUACAGGCCUCAAAACCUGCUUUUUUGAACCACGUCCCAGAGGUGGCUUGGGGUAAAGGUGGCCGAGCUGGCUGUCCUGUCGUGAGCCACGUCCGGAGCCCAAAAAGGUGGUUGUGGUCGCUGCUGAGGCUGUAUUUCUCCAGGCGGUACACGGGUGCCCUGUUGGAGGAGGAGGCCCUGAAAAAAGCAGCAGAAAAUGGAUUGUCUUCCCCAGAAUUUUUUGAGCUUUGUGUUUGGUUAGGUUCCCAGAUAAAGUCGCUUUGUAAUAUGGAAGAAAGCAUCACUGCGACAGAUGGUGUGAAAGAUAUAGAGAGCUUCCAGCUUGAAAUUAGUGGCUUUCUGAGAGAAAUGGCUUGUCCGUAUUCGUCACUGGUGUCCGGAGACAUCAAAGACAGAUUGAGAGAGAAAGAAGAUUGUCUUAAACUCCUGUUAUUUCUAAGUACAGAACUUCAGGCUUUAAAGAUACUGCAGAGCAAGAAAAUUAAAGGCUGUCAUUUGGAAAAGCACAGUGAAAUUAUUCAGGAAGUGGAAGCUAUUUGUGAUGCACUGGGUGUACCAAACUCCUCAUCUUCUGGUAUUCCUCCCUUGUUAACCAGUGUGGAACAAAAGAUUAAGGACAUUCUCUCAAAAGUUAAAAAUAACCAUGUGGGGAAAUCGCUGCUAACAAAACCUCUGAAUUCUGACCAAGUGGAAAGAUUGGAAAAAAUCAAUGAUGCUCUUUGCAGUGAGUACGAGUGUCGACGGCGGAUGUUGAUGAAGAGGCUUGAUGUGACUGUGCAGUCUUUUGGUUGGUCUGAUAGAGCAAAGGUAAAAACAGAUGAAAUAGCACGGAUCUAUCAGCCCAAGCGCUAUGCAUUGUCUCCAAAGUCAACCAUUACAUUAGCUCACCUUCUUGCUGCUCGUGAAGAUUUGUCCAAGAUCAUGAGAACAAGUAGUGGAUCAACACGGGAGAAGACGGCCUGUGCUAUCAACAAGGUUCUGAUGGGGAGAGUCCCUGACCGUGGAGGCAGACCAACGGAGAUUGAACCACCUCCUCCCGAAAUGCCUCCAUGGCAAAAAAGACAAGAAGGUGGUGGAAGAGGUGGCUGGGGGGGUGGUGGUGGUGGUGGAAGGGGUAACUGGGGGGGUGGAGGGGGUAGGGGAGGAGGAGGUGGAGGUUUCAGAGGUGGUGGAAGAGGUGGGGGUGGCUUCCAGGGUGGAGGUGGCUUCCAAGGUGGAGGUGGUUUCCAAGGUGGAGGUGGUUUCCAAGGUGGCAGGGGAGGCUAUGGUGGCAGGGGAGGCUAUGGUGAUCCCUACGGUGGAAGAGGAGGAGGAUACCGAAGAUACUGAAGUACCAUAAAUCUUAACACAGUAACUGGCAGAAUUAUAGCGGUGGUGUUUACUGGUAAUAGGAAUUUAGGUAUGUUGACUUGGGUUUAGGUUAGAAUUAAGUAUGACCAUAUGAAUAAUUUCAUUAGACCAACAGAUGUUCUCACUGAGUUCUUUCAGUUAACUGAACAGAAGUUUUAUACUAAAAUCUGAUGACUGAAGUCCUUGUUUUUUGUACUGCUUAUUUGGUGUUUUUUAUUAUGUCAUUUUAUUUAAAAUAAGUCUCAGAAAACUGAAUAAAACCCUUUUUGAACAAACAAAAAUAUAUUAAUGGUCAGACCUCUCUAAUUAUUGCAUGUUGCAUGUCUACUCUCCUGCUCCAAAGUGUUGUGUAGAAAAAACAAAGUAUGCCUAAGAACUGGAUGAAACCACUUUUAAAAGACUCAAGAAUGCUGCUUUCAGGCUUGUUCAUCUUGUUCUUCAUUCAUUGUUUUCAUGCAGGACAUGUAAAUGAAUUUUAAUUUCAAAUGUUAAAAUCCUUAAGGCUUUGGUCAAAAUUAUUCAGUUAGAUUUGUUUAUUCUUGCAGAACUUCACAUUAUAGUGACAUCAUGAAUUAGUACUCCACAAAUUAAUCAAAUCGGGUUGGUUUUUUGUACUCAUAAUGUAUCUGACACUCUAGGGUACAUGCUCUGACCAUUAUAAACUCAUCAUAGGGAGCUUUGAUAGUGUCUUAUUUUCAUUUUACCUGUUUUCCAUUGUUGGUGUUUCAAAAAAAAAAAUUUAAAUCAGAUUGGGCAGAAAACCCGCAGCCAUCGUGUCUGGUAUGAAUUCCUGUGUAUAUCCUUGUGUAUCAGCUUUGAGACACAGUUUGAAUAAGCUGAGCUUCGUAAGAAAGAGCGUGACGUUUCUUCUCGUCUUUUUUCUUCCCCCUUAUUUUUUAAAUUAUCCUCUUCUCCCCUGCCUUCUAUGUUUUAGGGAAUCACCAACUGCCUGGUUAAUAAGUUAAUGAGGCACCUCAUGAGGCAGUUACCUUUUCUCAGUGAUUUCUCUCUCUGCCAACCUAAAAAAAGCCCUGUCUUCACAUGGCAUGGGUGCCUUCUCCAUCACUUACACUGUUAGUAUAGAAGGAGUUAGCUGUCACACCAUCAUGGCUGUAAAUAUAUGUAGACAGGAAUUAAAUUUAGAGCUGUCACUUAAAGAAGUCAGUUUCUGCUGCCCAGUAUCUCUUAGAUCUCCCAUGUUGUGAGGCCGCUUCUGAGAACAGAGGUGGACAGAGGAUGAUGCCUGAGUAUGUUCUCAUGACAGCAUUUCUUAUUUAGGAAGGCAUCUGAUUAACCUGGUGUGUCUGAUGAUUAAAGAGCACAGCAGAUUUGAAGCACUUGUAAUUGUAGGCAUAACUGCAGUUGAACUUCAGGAUUUGAUUUUGGAUUUAUGUUCCUCAGUUACAAGUUCUUUCUGCACAAAUUUCCUAUUUGUGUCCAUUGGUAUGCUUUAAAGACUUUAUUUUUAGCCUUCAUAAACAUAUGUAUCAUGUCCUUUUCAUUGUCAACUUCAUGCAUGAAUGUAAAGUUCUGUUCCAAAUCAAGUUACUACCUUUCAGAAGUUUUUCUAUUGUUUCCUCUCUCAUCAGUUUGCUUGAGAAUGCUGCUUCCAAUGUGAUAGAUACGGCUUUACCCAGGCUUUAGGGUCACAGCAGGUGCCUGACAGAAAGAAGCAGAAGUUUUGCUUGCUAGAACAUGUUAGCUGGGAUGCGAACUUUUGCAGUAAUGGUUUAAUGUCACCCAACUGCUAGCACUGUCAUUCCAUUAGCAAAUUUUUUCAAUGCUUCUUAACUGGCCUAAGCCCUUGGCAGCCUCUGCAGUCUUUUUGGGGAGCGCCCUCAUGGAUCACGUGGGAGCACAGUACUGGUUCUCUGGAUUCUGAGCUUGGUUUUCACCUAAUGCUCUGGAAUAGCUCCCAAGCUGAUGACAUUCCAAAUGACACUGCUGGCCUUGGAGUGAAGUGUUGGUCAGCUAAGGGAUAGAGAGCAGGUUUUUUAACAACCAAAGCCUUAAGAUUAAAUUGCGUUUGCUCAUCACAAUGUUACUUUUUGCUACAAGUAAUCAGCGGUCAAGGAUAUAUGCUCAGAAAAAUAAACAACUUGCCUGUGCUUAACGGUUUCAUUAGUCUUAGGAUACAAGGUUGCAGCAGUUUAGUUGGAUUGUUUUAACUGCAGAUGAGGAUGUGCCUUGGUGCUUUGACACUCAUCAGUCCAUCCUGUUUGUAGUAGGCAGGACAGUUCUGGAUGAAGUAAAUCAUCAAUUAAAGCAGGUGCAUGCCCACUUCAAUUCUAACAGUCAGAUUAUUUCAGUAUCAUAUUUCAGUUUUAUUUAUUUAGACCAUGUAAGAUAUGGAAAUACAAAUGGAGAUUUUCUUUUUUAAUCUGGCCAUUUCAGAUUUUCUUAAAUAACUUCAAAAUGUGAAGCCAGUAGUUGAAAACUAAAGUAAGCACCACCCUAUUUCAUGGAGGUAUCCUUGCUGUCCUCUUGUCAGAAUGUAUGCUUUUAAUUUCUCAAACAAUGCAAUAACACCAUGAAAGUAAUUGAUUUAAACCUCAAGUUUUGUCUUGAAAAAAGAAAUAUUUUCAAAAAUUCUGUUGCAAGUAAAAGACUUUCAUAUGUAUGUUUGUGAACAUUUUUGUGUUUAUUUGCAUUUAAUGAAUACCUAAAUUAAUAUUGUUUCAUUUGUUGAAGAACUGAAAAAAAAAGGUUGGGUAUUUUUUUCAGGAAUUGAGAGAGACACUUCUGUCAACAGCUGUAAACACUGAGGAAUAAAGUACUGUAUUUGAAAUUA